GACCGUAUUUAUUCACGUAACGUAGUACGAAUUCUGUUGUGUCGCGCCAGGAAAGCACAGCGCUUUCUCUUUUAUCUGCGACAUUUUGUCGAACAGUUAGAAACCAAACAACAAUGGCGGCUUCUUGGCUUUCCAUACCGUCCUUCCUGGACUACAGACAUCUCCCGCCUCCAUGUGCUCCCACUCUCCGUUCGAAAUUCACCUCCGCUACCUCCAAAACCUCAUCUUUCGCAGCACCAACAACAAGAGGGCGCUCGCAUUCCAUCGCGUCAAUCACGCACGCGUUCAAGAGAGCUCCUUCCUCCAAGACCCGGCAACGGGGCGUCUGGGAAGACCCCGACGACGGAAGCGGCAGCGACUACGACGACGAGGAAGAAGGAGAUGGGAGCGAGGGGGACGGCUUGGACUUCGAGAGCGACUGGGAACAGGACGGGGACGGCGUCGUGGGCCGUGCUUCCGGCGAUGGUGUGUCUUCGGCGGACAAUUACGAGGAGGAACUGGUGAAAGAGGUUGAACAGCUCUUAGGACCAGAGGAAACAGCUGUUCUGCGUGACAAUCCCACUCCUAAUUUGGCAAAGAUAUCGACGUCAAAAUGGAACCCCCUCCAUACCUUUGCGCUAGCCGGACAGAUACAUUUCAUGGACAAGCUGCUUGAAAAUGGUCUUGAUAUUGAUACUGUUGAUGAGUAUGGUCUUACUGCUCUGCACAAGGCAAUAAUUGGGAAAAAGGAGGCUGUAAUUAGUCAUCUGCUGAGGAAAGGUGCUGAUCCUCAUGUUAGAGAUCGGGAUGGUGCUACCCUGCUUCAUUACGCUGUUCAGGUAAGUGCCAAGCAAACUGUGAAGCUACUAAUCAAGUACAAGGUUGAUGUUAAUGUUGCAGAUAAUGAAGGAUGGACUCCGCUGCACAUCUCUAUGCAGAGUAGAAAUAGGGAUAUUGCAAAAAUUUUGUUGGUCAAUGGAGCUGAUAAAACCAGAAGAACUAAGGAUGGAAAAACGCCUCUAGAUUUAAGUCUAUGUUAUGGCAAAGACUUCAAGUCAUAUGAUCUCGCCAAGUUGUUGAAGCUUGUACUGGCUAAUCAAGAUUUUUGAUGGGCAACACAAGUUGAAGAUUGGAUUGGAUCCCAAGAAAACAUGAUUCCAAGGGCAAGGAGCGAUACAGGAUUGGCUUGUGCAUUGUGCACUGAUAUAGAUAAAAAAUUGGAAGCGAGAGAUGAUACUUGGAAUGUGGGUCUUUAACUUGGACCGCAUCCUAUCUACGUAUGCGAAGUGCUACUGAUUCUGAACAUUUGCUGCUCCUACAUUAGAUGAGUAAUACGUGGGGCUGCUGGUUUUGAAACUUAGGAAGCUGAUGUAUAACUGGUCUUUCUCUGUUCCAUAUAUAGUCGUGGGCUACAAUGUGGGGUGCAAUCAGAGGUUAGCUAUCAGCUAUUUAAGCUUUACUGAAUAUGAGGUUCUCCAGGGUAAAAAGUUGUGUUCAUCCUGGCGGAAUUUUGGUUCGCGGGUAUAAUUUAUGCGCUUUCUUCUCUUUCUUCA